AUGAGUUCGGGACCGUGGUAUAAUCGAUCCAUUGGUCAGAAUACCGCUGUUCCUGGUACAGCUUGUUGGAUAGCAGCAGAAUUAAAAGAUCACAAUUCAAGCAUCAUAAAGAAAGCCAAUGACAUUCUAGGAACUUUAGAUAAAGGUAGAACCCAAUUAAAGGAGUUUAUGAGUGCUCUAGACCAAGGUUUGGGAGAAGAAGAUAUGAAAAUGAUGAAAGAAUUUUUAAAACCCCAAUCUCCGGUGAAAUUUUCCAGAUCACCAGUGUCUUAUACGAGAUCUCCCACCAUACCGAGGAAACUUAGUCCAUUAAAAAGAGAAUUUCGACGUCAAAGUCCAUUAAAACCUUCAAACCCCAUCAAAUUUGAAGAAAUUCUUCCAAGUAGUCCUAAAGUGCAAUUCCAACUGUCAGAAAAGGUUUUAGAAUAUGAUAUUUCCUUACAAAAGAUUCAAAUGUCCGUCAGAAGAACCACAGAUAACUUAAAUAAGGAUUCAAACGUUAGAAGAACCACAGAUACCUUACCUAAGGAUGCAACUGUUAAAAAAGAACCUUUACCUACAAAAACACCUAAAAGAUCAUCUACUUUUGUAUCAUUACCAGCUAGAGAGCCAUUAACAGUUACGUCAUCAUUAAGUAGGAAAUCGUUUGUUAAAGACAAACCCAAGCCAAAAACAGAAAAUUUCUAUUCUAAUUCACCUAUUCGAAGAAAUAGAUUCCCAUCAUUUGUAGAUAUGUCAUCUGAUGGGAAAGACUCAACACCUAAUCCAACACCUAACCCAACACCUUUCAUGCAAAAACUCCAAAGUCCUACGCUGGAUCGUAGAAAAUCUUUGAUUAAAUCCAUAUCUCCCUUAGCCCCUAGUUUGGUGAUUAAACAUGAUAGUACAGGAAAUGUUGAUUCUGAAAGAAGAUUAUUUUCACCUUCAAGGGAAUUAUUUGCGUCUGUUAAUGACAAGUCUUUGACAAGGCCCAGUAAAACUCCUAGUAAGACUCCUAGUAAGACUCCAAACAAAUCAUUGGUUCAUAAUGGAUUAACUCCUAGAUUUAGAGAAUCUACUAAUUCGGCAUUUUCCACUGAUACUUUAAGAGAAUCAAGGUCUCCUACUAGAUAUGGAAGAAAAAUGUCCAAGAAUAGUUCAAUAGCUUCAAUACGGGUGGACGAAAUUGAUUCAUUUUCUUUGGAAAAACCUACAGUACCAGUAACUACUCCUGUUGCCCGUCAAGAGCUAAAACCCAAAGAAGAACUUCGUCCCACCAAAAACAAAUUUUUAACCACCACUUUGAAUCCAACAGUUCCUACAAGACAAAAUCGUAGUCCAAAUAAAAUCAAACUCACAAAAGAUAAAAUGAAAAUUUCACUUGAACCAACGUCAAUUCCUCCUUUGAAGAAAAAAUCAUUGAUGAAACAAGAAGCUAAACCACGAGUUGUGGUUUCAAUGAAUCAUGCCAAACGUUCAUUAACUAAACCAAAUGAAACUGUACCAAAAUUAAGCAUGCAUAAUAUCACCAAACAUAAACUUCCUGAACCAGAACCAUCACAUUCUGAAUAUAAACGAAGAAACUUAGGGGGUAAUGCUAUAGCUUUGCCUGAUGCAGCAAGACCUCAACAUGUUAAACCAAGAGAAGAGCCAGAAAGACUUAGUUAUAAAGUGAAAACCAAAACUCCUAUCAAAAGUUCAACAUUUGAACUUCAUAAAGAUGAAGAGUUUACUUUACCUGAUAUUGAAACUGAAGAUGAAGAUGGACCAAAGAAUGUUCUCAAAUCAUGGGCAGAGUCUCCUGAAUUACAAAGAUUGGUUUUACGUAACAAAGAUGUGGAUCCCAAAUCAAUAUUUGGUGAAGUGCCCAAGUUUCGAAUUGAAGAUAUUUUUGAAUCAGAAGCUUCAAGAAUAAGGGGAGGUCCUUCACCUCAAAGGAAAAAAAUUUAA